UCUAUGGUGAUACUACCUCUCCCAUUCCGGGUAUUGGUAAUUUAUAUCUUCUGUCUUUUUUUUCUAAUCAGCCUGGCUAGAAAUUUGUCAGGUUAAUUGAUCUGCCCAAAAAGUCAUCUUUGGUGUCAUUGGUUUUCUCCAUUGUUUUUCUAUUUUCUAUUUCAUUAAUUUCUACACUGAAGUAAACCUCCAGGGAAGGUAGAUCAUUCACUGUCAUGUUUGUUUUUCAAGGACAGUCAUCUGCCAGUGCCCCAGUCACCAAGGGACAGGUGACUAAGCAAUGUCUAGUACCCAUUGACGCAUCCUGGAGGGAGCCAUCUUGUGCUCCUACAAGGAUUAUGCCCUGAGGUUGGCUGCUGAUUCCCUCACUAAGUGUUCCUCAGGGUGUUGCCUGACACGCUGGGCUAAUUCAUGGAAAUCUGCAUGAUGUAAUUCAGCCCAAUGCAACAAGAAUUCUGUCAACUUCCUCUGUGCCAGGUAUGGCAUGGGUGCUGUGGAAGGAGGAUGAAAAUAGGAAGAAGACAUAACCUCUGUCUUCAGGGGGUUUUCAGGAUACUGUGGGUGACCAAUACAUAUUCCUGAAAGAAGGCACCAGACCGAUGGGAUAAGUCCACAGCAGAGGCCUACAGCUCUGUUCAGAACGAGGAAGCAGAGCGGGCUGAGAGAGGCAGCUCAGCAGAGUGCUUAGGAAAGGAUAGGGCCACGACUCCCCACUGCAGGUAACAUAUCUGAGGAAAGCCAUUUACAAUAGGUGACAGUCACAUUCCAUCAAAUCUCUGGAAGGGUUCAUGGAGGUGGGGUUGUCAAUCUUAUUUCAGCCUUUCAAAGGCCUCUCAGGGUUUGGAAAUGGAAGCAACAAUGCCUGUGCAUUGCAGAGGCGCAGGUGAGCCCCCAUUUCCUGCCAGUUGGGAAGUUAGUGCUGAGGGCCUUACUGUCUUUCCUUGGCACAUGAGAUGCCAGUUCCUUUCUGGGCAUAGAGCUUUUUGUUGUCUGAGGAUAACAUCCAAAUUUUGCUUUGAAACACAUGUCAAAAAUAUGAGCUUUAUUCAAAUUUACUUUCCUUUUUAUCUUUCUGAAUUGUUAAGGUCCAAAAACAUUGCUGAAUAAUUCUGCUUCUAAACACCCAUUGCAACACAGGGCAUGAUCUAUCCCCAAGGCAAAGAACAUAAGGUACGCUUGUCUGGAAAAUGUACACGUAGGUAUCUCAGCAAAUGCUACUCAUGUGUUAUUAUGAGUAAUUCAUUGGCAGUGAUUGUGACUUUUUUUUUUUUUUUUUUAAUGAACAAAUAACUAAAUGCCCUCUACUGGGGUCAGGUUUUGUGCCUUUACUUCUCCCACCUACUGUAUCAUAGCAGCUUAGAAUCCCAGCUGCUCACUCUGAGCUGAAGUUCUCUGAUGGCUUUUGCAGGGUAGAAUAGCCUCCUUCCCCUCUCUGUGUGUCUACUGCUGACCUGUGGCUUUGCCAAGGCAGGGAAGCUGCUGGUAGUGCCCAUGGAUGGGAGCCACUGGUUCACCAUGUGGUCGGUGGUGGAGAAACUCAUUCUCAGGGGGCAUGAGGUGGUGGUAGUCAUGCCAGAGGUGAGUUGGCAACUGGGAAGAUCACUGAAUUGCACAGUGAAGACUUAUUCUACCUCACACACCCUUGAGGAUCUGGACCGGGAGUUCAUGGCUUUUGCCAAUGCUCAAUGGGAAACAGAAGUACGAAGCUUAUUUUCUCUAUUAAUGAGUUCAUCUAAAUGUUUGGAAUUUAGUUUUUCACAUUGCAGGAGUUUGUUUAAUGACCAAAAAUUAGUAGAAUACUUAAAGGAGAGUUCUUUUGAUGCAGUGUUUCUGGAUCCUUUUGAUACCUGUGGCUUAAUUGUUACCAAAUAUUUCUCCCUCCCCUCUGUGGUCUUCACCAGAGGAAUAUUUUGUCAUUAUCUUGAAGAAGGUACACAGCGCCCUGCUUCUCUUUCCUACAGCCCUAGAUAUGUCUCAGGGUUUUCAUAUGCCAUGACUUUUAAGGAGAGAGUAUGGAACCACAUCUUCUACUUAGGGGAACAUUUAUUUUGCCUGUAUUUUUUCAAAAAUGCCUUAAAAAUAGCCUCUGAAAUUCUCCAAACACCUGUCACAGCAUAUGAUCUCUACAGCCACACAUCAAUUUGGUUGUUGCGAACGGACUUUGUUUUGGACUAUCCCAAACCCGUGAUGCCCAACAUGGUCUUCAUUGGUGGUAUCAACUGCCAUCAGGGAAAGCCAGUGCCUAUGGUAAGUCAUUGCUCCUUUAGCACAUUAAAAGUAUUCUGGCUUCGAAUAUUUAAAAAGAUUCCUUACUGAACUGGGAUUUGACAUUUGUGUUUGUUGCAUCUAAAAUUUUUCUGUGUAAAAAAUUAUUUUGUGCCAUCCACAUGCUUGUUGGUUAGCAACUUUUAUGUAAUGGCUUCGUUAAUAUGUAUCUGUGUACAACUGGUUAAUUGUUCAUAAUUUCCACUGCAUUUUUAAAAUUUUUAAUUUAUUUUUAGAAACAUGGUUUUGCUAUGGUGCCCUGGCUAGACUCAAACUCCUGGGCUCAAGUGAUCCCCCUAUGUAAGCCUUCCAAGCAAUUAUGACUUUUUUAGUAUUUUUGGAAAAAUACUUAAAAACCCAAUAAGAAAUGAAACUUUCAUUUUA